AAAGUUGAUGCAUCGUGCUCAUAUCGAUACGAUUACAACCAUGCGUAAAAUGUUCAAAAGAUUCCAGAAAUGUCGUAUUUGGUUGUUCAUUGUGUGUUUUCUAGUUCUAUUGUUUUUAUUAGCUGGGUUUGAUGAUGUGGAAGUAACAUUUGACGGUGAUAAACCAGAUAGUUUGUAUAACCUGUUGGACGAACUAGAUGUGACAAUACGUAAAAAGUCUCCGGAGAGUAAAAUUUACGGGAAUAUAUACAACGGAAAGGGAAAGUUACAAGUUCAAAGUUAUAUUUCUGCUAUCAAGGAAUUUAGCAAAAAGUACCCAAUACGAACAAUUUGUGAAAUCGGAUUUGCCGGAGGACAUAGUGCAACACUUUUUCUGCAUUCAACAGAUUCUGCCAGUUACACAGCGUUUGAUAUGUGGGAUCGAGCUGAGUAUGAAGACUCUGCAAUUGACUGGUUAAGGAAAAGAUUCAUUGACCGUCAUAUUGCACUUGUGAAAGGUGAUUCUACAAAAACCGUCCCUCAGUUUGAGGGAAAAUGUGAUCUGAUACAUAUAGACGGUGCCCACCAUGCUCACUUUCCUGAGACAGAUAUGAAAAAUAUGGCAAGAGUUGCCUCUGUCAAUAACCUAUUGCUGUUGGAUGAUUGUUCUAAAUCUUGGCCUGCGGUGCUGAAAGGUGUGGACUACCUAAAGAAAAACGAUUUAGUACAUGACAUUAAAAUGCAUGUUCCAGAAGGUUGGAUUUACAGAGGAGCUCAAAAGGGUUGGUGCAUUGGCAGCUAUAAAGUUAAAGCCCAAACUAGUAAUACCGCUCCUGAAAAUUACUUGCCGAGGAGUAUAACUUUCUUAGACCAAACAUUUUGUACACCACCUUGGCAUGGAGAUAGAUGUGAAGUUUACGCCAGCAAGCAAUGUUCGCAAUGGAAUGACGAGUGUUUCUAUAGCAACGUAACUGGUACUUUGUUAGUCUCUUGUGAACGAUGGCGUGGUGCUCAAAUCGUCGAAAGGGUAACCUGGGAUAAACGAGAAACUGACACAGAUCGGAACGAGGCUCAUGCUAACUCGUUUAAUUUCUACAAAUCUUUGCCACACAAUUUAGGCGAUAUCAUCGAGCUUGGUGCAGGUCCCUUCACACAGUCAAAGACGAUACUUAAAGACAAGAAUGCAACCAGUAUAACGUUGGUAGAACCGAUGGCAUUCCAUUAUAUGACGCACGUUAAACAUUGCUUUUACAAAAAUGGUACUUUUAAGAAUUUACCGACUACUUUGUUAUCUAUACCGGCCGAAGAACUUAAUAAUACCCGGAAAUUUGAUUCUCUUGUCAUGAUUAAUGUGAUUGAACAUGUUUAUGAUGCAUUAUCUAUACUUAAUUCAGCCAUUAAUUUGAUUAAAGAAAAUGGAUUGUUUAUUUGGCAUGAACGACUUUGGGAUAAUUACCGAGGUGUAGCAACCCCACCGGGUAACGAUCGUGAAUUUCAGUUGCACCCAAUUCGUAUAAAAACUGUGAUUGCAAAACGCAUCAUGUCUAUGUUUGAGGAAGUGUAUGUUUCUUGGGACACCGAGGAGUUACGUCGACUGAAGAAUCAAGGCGUAUAUUUCAUUGGCCGCAGACGUAAAAUCGUGGCAAAAACCACCAUCCCACAACAUCCUGGUUGCUUUGAGCGAAGUAAUGGCAAACAAACUGUAAUAUUUUUUGUUUCUAAUGUUAAUUCUACAUUUUUACAAAGUCAGCUAAUGAUGGUCAAUAAUUUUGACAAUACAAAAUCAAUAAUAAUCAUACAAACCGAUAAUUUUGGCGCGAAAGCGAAAGCAGACAUUUUGAAAUUUAGUAAAAUCAGAAUAAUGAUCUCUCAUCAACAUUUACAAAACUGGAGAAAGGAAGUUAGUUACUAUGUUGAGCCAUGCAUGUUUAUUUAUCCUCUUGUGACUUCUGCUAUGCUAGACGGAGCUGAUACGCUUUGUGUGGGAAAUAGUGGUGACUCUGUUGUUCUUAUGGGGUACAGUACUCAACUAAAAGGUACCCAACUAUGACGCCAUCUUACCUGCUUACUCCAAGUUUCAGAUAAUAGACCAAAUUAUAUUAAUAUGGAAUAACAAAAACGCAUCAUUUAAACCAAAUAUUGAUUUACCAAAACUUACUUUCAUUCAACCGGAUGUAAACAGCAUGAACAACCGUUUUAAUGUGUCUCAGUAUAUUCGUACAGAUGCCGUCAUGGUUAUUGAUGACGAUGUCCUAAUUAGUGAAGCAUUGCUGUCGUUGAUGUUAUUACGAUGGAGUGAAAAUACGAACAGAUUGGUGGGCAUCAGCAGAGAUAUGCGUUAUGUCAAUUCGAUGAAUGAAUACGUUGCUAGGGGCAGGAAUCCAUCUUUAACUAUCGGUAAAACCAUGCUGUUUCACCGUAAAUAUUUAGUGAAAUAUAUGCAAAAUAAAAAACUCGUUGAUUGGAAUAGCAAAAGAUACUGCGAAGAUAUCUCAAUGAAUGCGUUGAUUUUUAAAUAAAUAAACUUGAGACCUUUAUUUGUACCGAUGUCUGUGCAAGCUUCACGCAAAGAUCUCACGGAAGUAGAUGGAGCAUCUGUAGUUGACCCAAAAUGGGCUUUAAGGAGGACAGAAUGUGUGCAAUGGGCAGCUCAAUAUUUUCAAAUAAAAUUAUAUUAAGGUCUUA